AUGAUCUUGUCAUUCUUCUAUUUAUAGCGUCAGAUACAACAUAGGUCGACGAGCACUUGCAUCCUUGAUCAUUCUUUGCUAGUGCUCUAGUGCAAUGGUGAGUAACGCAACAAGUACUCAAGCAGGCCCCGUCCCAUUCAAGGACUUCGAAGACGAUGUCCACCAGGCCACCGUGGCGCCGGUGCCGGAGAGGCCUCCGGAAGAUGAGGACGUUCUGGUCUCCUCCCUGCCGAGCACGGUGCUGCCCGGCGUCCCGUUUUUCAAGCUCCGUUUCUACCAGGGUUUCUGGCUGCACGAGGGGCUGAUCCCGGGGGCCAUCGCUCUCCAGCGCCGCUUCGAGCCCCACCCAGACGACGUCGUCGUCGCCAGCAUACCCAAGUGCGGCACCACGUGGCUCGCCGCGCUGGCGUUCGCCACCAUGGCGCGCCGCGCUUACCCGCCCGCCGGCGCCGACCACCCGCUGCUCCGCCUCAACCCGCAUCAGGUUGCCCCUUUCAUGGACAUGUUCUUCGCCCAAGGCCGGGACGCCGUGCUCGACGCGCUCCCGUCCCCGCGUCUCAUGUUCACGCACAUGCCGCUCGCCAUGCUCCCGCGCGCCGUGCCGCCGGCAUCCGGCGCUGGCGGUGGCGGGUGCAGGGUCGUCUACAUCUGCAGGGAGCCCAAGGAUAUGGCCGUCUCCUUGUGGCAUUUCCGUCGGGCGCUCUGCCCUGAGCUCUCGUUCGCCGACACCUUCGAGUCCUUGUGCGCCGGCCAUUCCAGCGGGCCGUUCUGGGACCACAUCCUCGGGUACUGGCGCGCGAGCGCCGCGACGCCGGACAACGUGCUCUUCUUGCGGUACGAGGAGCUGCUGCGUGACCCCGCGGAGAACGUCAGGAAGCUGGCGCGCUUCGUCGGGCUCCCGUUCUCCGACGCGGAGGAGGAGACCGGCGUCGUUCACGCCGUCGUCGAGCUAUGCAACCUCGACAACAUGAGGAGCCUGGAGACCAACAAGAGCGGCCACCUGCCCUACGUCAACUUCCCCAUCAAGUCCCUCUUCCGGAAGGGAGUGGCCGGCGACUGGGUGAACCACAUGACGCCGGAGAUGGCACGCCGCAUGGACGAUAUCGUCGCAGAGAAAUUUCGAGACACGGGGCUCACUUUCCCGUGAACCGAGGACGCACGUCAAUUCGCCGAGCCCCUAUUUUUCAUCGCAAUAAACAUUGAGUGCAAAUCUGAAUGGAGUGUGGAAAAUAAAUUUAAAUGUUGUUAUUGUUAUUAUGAAGUUGUAUUAUAAAUUCGUUGAUCUCCAAAUUCAUGUUUA